UAUUCCAUCUUUAAAUAUGAAUGCCAACUCCGACACUUUCAAUUUCAGUUUGGCCUCGCUUUCUCCACCGGCCCUGGAUUCCCCCGCCCCUCCACCCCAACAUUUGCGAUGGUGAAUCAGCCUCCUCCCAUCACCCACGACCUUUUCACCGACACCGAACGCCAGAACGACGCCGGAGCAACAUUCGUCCUCCAAUCCAAAGGGGAAUGGUGGCAUGCCGGAUUCCAUUUGACGACGGCGAUCGUCGGACCGACGAUUCUAACGCUGCCGUACGCGUUCAGAGGAUUAGGUUGGGGAUUAGGGUUUUUCUGCUUGACGAUCAUGGCGGUUGUGACUUUCUAUUCGUAUUUUCUCAUGUCGAAGGUUUUAGAUCACUGCGAAAAAGCCGGCCGCCGCCACAUCCGAUUCCGGGAACUCGCGGCCGACGUGUUGGGAUCUGGAUGGAUGUUUUACUUUGUAAUAUUUAUUCAAACGGCAAUCAAUACUGGAGUUGGAAUUGGAGCAAUUUUACUUGCAGGACAAUGCCUCGAGAUAAUAUAUUCGAGCCUUAAUCCAAAUGGAUCGAUGAAACUGUACGAGUUCAUAGCAAUUGUAACGGGGGUGAUGAUCAUUUUGUCUCAGCUUCCCACUUUCCACUCUCUUAGGCAUGUCAAUCUGGGUUCUCUUCUUCUCAGCUUGGGCUACGCGUUUCUUGUUGUUGUUGCUUGUAUCAUUGCAGCAAGGAGUAAAGAGGCUCCAACAAGGGAAUACUCAUUAGAAUCAUCAACAAAAUCAAGGGCGUUCAGUGCAUUCACAUCCAUCUCCAUUUUAGCAGCCAUUUUCGGGAACGGAAUCCUCCCUGAAAUUCAAGCAACUCUAGCUCCUCCGGCAAGUGGGAAGAUGGUGAAAGGACUUAUAAUGUGUUAUAGUGUGAUAUUUGUAACAUUCUAUGCAAUUGCUGGGUCAGGAUAUUGGGUAUUUGGAAACAAGGCCACAUCCAAUAUUCUUCAAAGCUUGAUGCCGGACAAUGGCCCUUCAUUGGCUCCUACUUGGAUUUUGGGCCUUGCUGUCAUCUUUGUUCUUCUUCAACUCCUCGCCAUUGGCCUGGUAUAUUCACAAGUGGCAUACGAGAUAAUGGAGAAGCAAUCAGCAGAUGUAAAGAAAGGAAUGUUUUCGAAAAGAAAUCUAAUUCCAAGGCUCAUUCUUCGUACAUUAUACAUGAUAAUGUGUGGGUUUUUUGCUGCAAUGCUCCCUUUCUUUGGUGACAUUAGUGCUGUGGUGGGAGCUAUUGGCUUCAUUCCUCUUGAUUUCAUUUUGCCAAUGCUUCUCUACAACAUCACUCACAACCCUCCUAAAUCUUCCCUCACCUACUCCACCAAUCUCGCCAUCAUCAUCGUCUUCUCCGGGGUUGGUUUCAUGGGUGCUUUCUCUUCUAUUAGAAAACUUGUUCUUGAUGCCCAACAGUUCAAGCUCUUCAGCAACGAUGUCGUUGAUUGAACAUUAGUUUGCGGUCUUAGGCAACAUAUCAUUAUUGUUACAAUCCAUCUCUAUUGUGAUUCCCACAAAAUAAGUUGUGUCGUUUCCCCCUUAAAAUAGGGUGAGGAUUUUUCACUUGGAUAAAACUUGAUUAGUUGUAUGCAAACCAAAGGGAUGGGGAGGAUAUCUUGAUUUGUUGUUGUAUAUUAGAAAAGGGGUAAGGAAGUUCAGAAUUAUGAUGAGUUAUUAGGUGAAGCUGGGAAUGAUGUGAAUGGAUAGAGAGAAUAUAUAAUUGUAAUUAUGAUCUAUUUAUUUUAAUUUGUUAAUGUGUAUCUAACAAGGUCAUUUCAAGGGUAGUGAAAUGCAAAGAUUUUUUCAUUUUUAA